AUGUUCACCGGACGUGGCAGCUUCGGCGUCGUCUACAAGGCCAUUGAGCGAUCCACCGGUGAUCUCGUCGCCAUCAAACACAUUGAUUUGGAGGGAAGUGGAGAUGAACUGCAAGAGAUUCAGCAGGAGAUUGCUCUGCUCAGCACCUGCGAGAGCCCAUACGUUACACAAUACAAGACCAGCUUCGUGAAAGGAGUCAAGCUAUGGAUCGUCAUGGAAUAUCUCGGGGGAGGAUCAUGCUUGGACUUGAUCAAACCCGGUCCCUUCGGCGAGGCUCACAUCGCCAUCGUCUGCCGUGAGCUCCUCCUCGGCCUCGACUAUCUUCAUCAGACCGGCAAGAUACACCGAGACAUCAAGGCAGCCAACACCCUCCUCUCACAAUCCGGAAAAGUCAAGAUUGCCGACUUCGGUGUCGCUGCUCAAUUGACAAACAUCAAAUCGCAACGAAUGACGUUCGUGGGAACACCUUUCUGGAUGGCGCCGGAAGUUAUACAAGAGGCGGGUUAUGACUUCAAGGCGGAUAUCUGGUCGCUUGGGAUUACGGCCAUGGAGCUGGCAAACGGAGAACCACCAAAUGCUGGAACACACCCCAUGAAAGUCCUCUUCCUGAUCCCGAAGGCUCCUGCGCCACGUCUGGAGGGCAACCAGUGGAGUCGCGAGUUCAAGGACUUCAUUGCGUCAUGCUUGAUCAAGGACCCAGACCGACGAGCGACAGCAAAGGAACUCUUGCGGCAUAAGUUCAUCCAGCGGGCUGGAAAGGUAGAAGCAAUGCGGGAGCUCAUUGAGCGGAAGCAAAUGUUUGAUGCACAAGAAGAACAAGAGAGGGGUUCGCACCCAAGAUACUACGAGGAGACCAUGCAUGAUAUCUCACCUCGCGAUGAACAAGACGAAUGGGUCUUCGACACAGUGAAGCCCGCCACCAUGGCACCCGCACGGCACACAUACAAACGACGAAAGCUUGCUCGCAUACCCUCUACCAGUGCCCAAGACUGCGAGGCGCUCAUGCAACGACUAGACCUGAACACUGCUCCCCUUGGAAAUGCGCCUGACUCACCACAUCUUCGACGUCCCUCCUCUCGAAAGUCAUCGGCUGCAACCGCAUUCCGUGUUCCAUCGUCAUCGACUCCAACUGCACGGAGAGUCAGUGCCCAGCAGGCACAUAAGCAGCCUCUCGGCGUGGAUUUAUCCUUCGGCAACUCUCCAUCCACAGUCCGCAUGUUCAAGCGCGUGCCAUCUGGAGAACGACGCGCUGCUCUCUCCUCGAAUCCUCCUGUUAAUUCGUUCCAUCCAAACCCGCAGGCAUCAACCUUUCGCCCAUCUCCUCCUUCCUCAAUGCACCCAGAAGAGAACUCGGAGAACACCCCGCCACCUUCAGACGGCCCUCCGAUCGCAGUGACGAAAGAAGCUCUCCUCGGCCGCCGCGCUUAUGGUAAAUGUCUUGAUCCGGCUUUCCAAGAAGCCUAUGCUCAGAGCGGCGCCCCGCCACAGCGCGAAGCUAUUGCCCGUGUCGCACAGGCUUGGUCAGACCUCGACCAAACGGACCCAGAAGGUGAGCUCCUGCUCCUCAAAUCCAUGAUCGGGCGCCUCCAGGCCGACUCCAAACUCGCAUCUUCCCUGGGCAUAUCCUUUGCGCCAAGCAGUCCUGUCAAGAACCCCGCACUCGCAACGCAGUCAUCGUUCUCGGGCUCCACGGUGAACGGUUCGGUCUCUACAAUGUCAGGUACCACGCGUAUCCGCCAGAGCAAGCUCGUAGAUGAGGAUGUUAUGCCUGUAUCAACCCCCACUCGAACGCCGAUCAGCACCGGAUCACCCGCAAAAGGACCAAAGCUCGUGAUGGCGCAGAACAACCCCCAUCUGAAGAGUCACCAUCGCCGACGGCAGAGCGCGUUUGUGGGCUCAGGACCGACUGGACUCGGCCUCGACCGCGAGUACAGCGCAGCUGGGUUGGACGAAAAGAGUCUCCCGGGCAAUGUCCAGCCGGGAAUGGAGCAUGCGGGUAUGCUUGCGGAUGUCCUCUAUGGACGCUGGAUGGAGGGACUGAGGUCGAGAUGGCCGCUGGCGUAGAGGCCACCGACAAGAGAGAUUGAACUAUGCCAUGGUAAGUCAAAGACUGAUGUGAUAAUGCCCAAAAGCUCAUCAUUUCCCCUUUCCUUUCUUGUAUAAACUUUUGGCGUGAGGUGGUUGGCUAGGCUCAUGUGGUAGCUAGCUGGAUUUUGGGAGGGAAGACUUGUAUUAUUUCUGUAUAUUCUUGUGUCUCUAUUACUCGAGGUCUGUGGCUUUAUGUUUCUGAAAUCGGUGUUUGCGGCAUGGGAGUGCGAUGCAUUGCUGUAGUGGCGGUUGAAAAUGGUGAAGGUUGUCAAGGAGGUGGAGGAUAGUCGAAAGGGGUUGAUGGGUGGAUAGGUGUUGAUUAGGAAGGGGAGGUAUGUGAUUAUUCGUAGAUAAUGCAAUCGAGGACUGUAUC